AUGUUUGUAACAACACUGCCUCAUUGCAUUAAGAAGUUCAGCUGCAUCAAACGUAGCGAGGGCGACUGCCUGUCGCGCCAGGUCAUCGAGUUUGGCUAUGACAAGAACAUCGAGGAGAAGUACGAGUUGGGCCGCGAGCUUGGCAAGGGCGGCAACGGCGUCGUGCGGGUGGCGCGCGACCGCGAGACCGGCGCCGAGUACGCCUGCAAGUGCCUGCCCAAGGCGCUGCCUGCGGACGCCUCCGAGUCGAAGCGCCGCGGCCACGCCGGCGCGAUAAAGCGCGAGGUGGAGGUCAUGCGGCGGCUGGCGGGCAGCCUGGCAAUAGUGCGGCUCGUGGACGCGUUUGAGGACGACGGCAGUGUUUACAUAGUGCAGGAGCUCUGCCGCGGCGGGGAGCUGCACCACCGAAUCGGAGAGCGCCACUACUCUGAGCGCACGGUCGCAUCCUACAUGCGCGCCGUGCUGCGCACGCUUGCGCAGUGCCACUCGCACCACAUCCUGCACCGCGAUAUCAAGCCGGGCAACUUCAUGCUGCUGGAUGACAGCGACCGCUCCCCCCUCAAGGCCAUAGACUUCGGCCUCGCGGUGCCCUUUGACCCUGCCGCCCUGCCGCGCUCAGACCUGGGGCUGGAGGGCACCCCCUGGUACAUGGCCCCCGAAGUGCUGUCCUCCCAGGUGCUGCCGGCCUCUGACCUCUGGUCUGCCGGCGUCAUGGCGCACCAGCUGCUGACCGGCCGCCUGCCGUUUGACGACCACCGCAACCCCUUCGCGCCCUCCAUCAGCGCCGUCUGGCGUAGCGUGCUCUGCGACAAGGUGGCCUACAACAUGCCCUGGUGGGCCGGCAUCAGCGACGAGGCAAAGGACUUUGUGGCCACGCUGCUGAACAGGCGAGGGCUGGACCCGGCCCAGCGCCCCACCGCCAAGGAGGCGCUGAAGCACCCCUGGCUGCGCGGCGACAGCUCCGACCGCAGCGCGGGCCGCCAGAUCGAGCCCUCGGUGGUACAGCGCAUCCAGCGCUUCGCCCAGAGCAGCCUGUUCCGCCGCGGCGUGCUGCAGCUGAUAGCAGAGGAGCUGCUCGCGCGGCCCGGCGCCGUCGCAGCGCUCGCAGCAUCGGGGUCCUCAAAGGACCUUGUAGCUGGAGGGGUUGAUGAGGGCGACGCCCCUGCGGCAGCGCGUGAACAUCAGCAGGAGCAGCAGGAGCAGCAGGAGCAGCAGGAGCAGCAGGGCGAGGGCGAGGGCGAGGGCGUCGCGGCGGGCGGGCGGCCGGCGGCGGCGCCGCUGGCCCGCUCGGGCAGCGGGGGCGCGAGCGCCGCGGAGGCGCUCGAGCGGAUGGGCUUCCGCCUGCGGCCGGGCGAGGCCGCGCAGCUGGCAGAGGCUAUGGACAUCAGCGGCAGCGGCCGCGUGCGCCGUGCGGCGUUCGCGGCGUCGCAGAUCGACUGGGGCGCGCUGCAGCGGAACGACGUGGACGCGUGGGUCGCCAUCGCGCGGCGCGCGUUCAGCGCGCUCGACACCAAUGCAGACGGCGUGCUUAGCCCCGAGGAGAUCGUGGCGUCGCUGCGGGCGAAGUUGCCUGAAGACGAGCUGGCGGCGACGCUGGAGCGGGUCAUGGCCGAGGCGGGCGGCGGCGCCGGCAGCGGCGGCGGCGUGGCGUGCGGGCUUGAGGACGGGCUGGACUUUGACGGCUUUCUGAACUUGCUGCGGGUGGGGUCCCUCGACAGCCUGGACCAAUAUGACGCGCGCCUGGACUUCGCCAGCCCCGGCAGCGUCGGCCGCCUGCAGGCGCUGCUGGACGCGUCCCUCCACGGCCCAGACGGCUCGACGCACCGCCGCACGGGCGCCAGCAGGGCCGACGGCCCAGGAGCGCUGGCCGUGGCCGCCGCCGCGGGCGCGGCGGCGGCGGGGGCGGCGGCGGCAGCGGCGGCGGCGCAGCAGGGGGACGCAGGGGGCAAGGGCGGCAGCGUGUACAAAGACAAGAGCUGGAACGUUCCGCCUCCAAACUUCAGGUUCGACUUUGGCGGCUUUGAGGGGAAGCCCAAGCCCAAGCCAGACGCCGGGGCGGAGCCAAAGCCGGAGCCCAAGCCGCAGGCACCCGCGGAGCCGCGACCACACGCCCCCUGGCCGGGCAUGAUGGCCGGCGCGCCAAUGGCGGUGCCCUCAAUGACGGGGCCGCGGGGCGCGGCGGGGCUGGGGGAGCGGCGGAUGCAUGGCGCCAGCCUAUACAGGAACAUGGCGGUGCCGCACCCGCCGCCGCAGCCGCACCUCGCGACCGUGCGCGAGUGA